UAUUUAUAAAUAUUAUUCAUGCAAUGUAACAAACACAAUCUUCACUUAUAACAUGGCUAAAGAGAGAUCACAUGUAAUUGCUCUUCUUCUUCUGUCUCUUCUUCUGUGCCUUUCAUCUCAAUCUCAAGUUGGUGUUGCCGAGGCCAAACGUCACACACUUAGUACCACGUAUUUGGAUUCUCGAUGCGCCAAUGAAAUUCCCGCAAGUCCACCACGACCACGUAUCCCGCCGAAAAUAUAUACACCACACUCGAGGUCCCGCAAAGGAAAAGGACCAUGAAGGAGAAAAUGAAGUUCUCAAAAAGUGAAGGAGAGUACAAGAAGAGUCGACUUUAUAAUUGUGUAACUGUUAAAAGUCUAUCAUGUACUUGCUAUGUUAAAUAAACGAUCUAUUCCCAAA